AUGUAAUAGCAUAGAAAGGUUAGUACUGAUUCAAAAUAUCUUGAUUUAGAUAUUGUUUAAGAAUAUAUUAAAUAGGAUUUAGAUUAGAAUGAGUAUUUUCGUUAUGAACAUGAUAUUGAUUUUGAUAUUCCAGAGCAAGAUGAAUUUUUUGAUUGUUUAGAUUCUAUUGAUGAGCCACCUUAAAUUGAACGUUUCAAUUAAAUAAAAUUACAUACAAUGAGGAUUAGUAGAAAAUAAAGAGUAGAAGAUGAGUUGACUUAGCCUCCAGAGAAAGAAGAUUAAUUACAGUUGUCAAUAGAAUCAAUGGAAGAGGAAUUUUAAUAUUAAGAUGAAAUGUAUGAUAUAAAGCAAAUUGAGAUUGAUAAACGUAAGGUUAUUUCUAUUUUUACACUUAAAUAAGACUUUUUUGAUAAUAAACAUAAUCAUACUUAGUUUCUUAAAAAUGUUGAAUUGCUUAGAUAAAAAAAUAUUCAUUUAGAAGAAUUUUAUACUUAUAUAAAGGAAUUAGGAUUAGGCUGUGGAUUUAGUUUAGAUUAGAUUAGAUAUGAGUUACUUUAAUAAUUUAUUUCUGGUUUGGUUGAAAUUGUGAAGUAUAUAGAUGAUGUAUAAAUUAUAAAUUAAUAUUAGAUGUUUAGAUUUUAAAGUAGAUGGUUAGAAAGAGAACCAAUAAUUACAUUAUAAAAUAUAUUCUAAGCAUUUUCAUUUUAAUGGGAACGAUUUUAAGAUUAUACAACUGCAUUGAUAGAUAAAUCAGCAAUUAGUAAAAUUAGAAGUAACAAUAAGAUUAUAGAUUAUGAUUCAUUAUAAUUUAAAAAAGGAAUAGACUUUUGUUUAACAUAAAUAGAUGAAUAAUAAAAUGAUGGUGCUGAUUUUAAUAUUCAAUAAAGUAAUUAAGAAAGUUUGAUUCUUUUCAAAGUUUUUGAAUUAUUAAGAUUGAAUGAACAUUUUUUACAUAUAAGUAAAUAGAAUCAAAAAGCAAAGAGAAUCAAAAAUUAUUUUGCUAAAUGUAGAUCUCGUAUUAAAUUAUAUUUAUUAUUAAAAAAUAAGGUUAAGUUUCAAUUCAAAAAUAAACGAAAAUCUUAGAUGUCUUUACAUCAUAAUAUAACUGAAAAAUAUCUCUUUAUAGAUCCAAAUUCUAUUUAAUUGGAAAAUACAGUACAUAUAUUUGAAGAAGUUUUGUAACCUAAUUUGAUAAAAGUCAGAAUGUAAAGAUUUGCUAUUAAAAAUUUAAAUUCUAAUUUUAAUACUAUAAAAGAUUAUGAUUACUAUUAAUGA